CUCUCUAUUUAGAAACUCUCUUCUGUUGUGCUUCUUUGCUUCGCCCACUCCCCUAUCUGCCGGCUCUCGUAACCACGCAUCUUUCCCUUGCCCACCCAACCGAAAGGUACACUCUCACACCAGAGCUGCGCCGACGGAGAACACAAUAUUGAGGGAGAGGCUUUAGGUGUGAAGCCUGUGAGUUCAUUCCAUAGCCCAGCCAGCCGCGUUCUUGGCCCUCCAAAAGGCGAGCUGCGGGCAAAAAAAACAGAACCAGGCGUACCCCGUGAAGUGGCGAGAGAGAGAGCGAUGAGGGAGGAGUCUUUGGCGACAGCGUCGCGGAGUGCUGGGAAGAGCGGCAGCAGGCGAUGCAGCUGGGCAAAUGGGAGAAAUUGGCGGGCGGUGGAGGUUGCGUCCGUCGCCCUCGUCGCUCUGACCAGACGCGUGGCGGCGCAGAGCGAAGAAGUCUCGGGCAUCUACACUUACAAGGGAUGUUUCGUGGACAACCCCGGAAAGGAUCGCGCCAUGGAGCACAUGUCGAUUAUCCCAGACCUUACGCUGGAGCGCUGCGCCGUGAUCUGCAUGGAAAAGGGCUAUGCGUACGCCGGGCUGGAGUGGAAGAUCGAGUGCUUCUGCGGGAACAGCUACGACGAGUGGGGAAGCUCCACAUCGUGUGACAUGUACCUUGCCGCAGAGCCCACCGUCGAGGCCGGCGGGUCCUGGGCCUUGUCAGUCUACGGGCUUCCGGAGGUGCUCGACGUUAACUCGAACUCGGCGGCUGCGGUUGCCGCUUCGGAGGGCGGGAGCGACGCCAAAACGACCGCCAAGUCCCUGAGCGACCUGGGCGCCGUGAAGAGCGGAAAGCGCGCCUUCACGGUGGUGAACGAGUGCUCGCAAGACGUUCGCGUUGGGUCUACCGGGGGAAGGAUCACGUUCGGCUCCGGAACGGACCCCGAGAGCAAGGAUAACUGCGACGCGUGGGGUCCGUCUGCCACGUACAACACCGGGCCCAUGGGAAUCGGGUGCUACUGGGACUUCCCGGAAGAGGAGUCGGGCAACACGGACCGCAUGCUCUCGCCGGGACAAGCGUUCCGCUACUACCUCCACGAGACGGACUCGGACGUUCGCUGGAGCGGGACCAUCUGGGGCAGCACCGGCUGCGACAAGAUCGCGGGGUGCGCGACCGGGGUGUGCUACUCCCCCUCGACGGACUACAUCUGCCCGGCGUACGUCGGCCCCGGCGGCCCCACCACCAAGGCCGAGUUCACCCUCAGCGAGACCGGCAAGGACUACUACGACAUCUCGGCUAUCGACGGGACCAACCUCCCCAUGAUGAUCGAGCCCGACAACCCGGUCUUCCCGAACAGCACGGAGCAAAACAUCAUGAAGUACCAGUGUGGGUCGCCGGGGGCACCGGUGUCGCACCACAGCAAAAUUGACGGCUGUACUUGGUCGUACGAAACCACGGUUCCCGAUUUGCAUGGAUCGGAGGACUUGAGCCAGUUCCUGCGCCUCGUGCUGCCCGAAGACUACGAAAACACCACCCUGUGCACGAGCGACUGGGAGUGCACCACCGGCAUCUGCGGCGUGCACCCCCAGCGCUGGGCGGACGGCUCCUACAAAGGGGGCGUCGAGCAGGGCUCCUGCGGGGAGCACAUCGCGUGGGUGACCGCCGGCGGUGCCUGCGCGGGCGGCUGGGAGGACGGAACGUUCCCGGACGCCCACCCCUUCUUCUGCGGUAGCGAGGUCAGCGGCGGCAUGCGCUCGCACAUGUACGGGUGCUACGGCACUACCCUCGCGCACUCGGGGUACACCCCCGGCGCGGACACGACGGCCUGCGGGUGCCCCGAGUGGGAGGAUCCGCCGUACAACCUGAUGGCGCCCCCGAUCUCGGACUGCACCGGUAUCAACCCGGAGUGGGUGGAGCUGUCCAUGCCCUGGCACGCGCACCAGAAGAGGGCGUGCCCCACCGCCUACACGUUCCCGUACGACGACCAGACGUCGACCUUCACCUGCUUCGACGGCGACGGGCCCGGCAACCCCAACACGCAGAGCUACACCAUCACCUUCUGCCCAGGGGAUACGGAGAAAAACAUGUUCGGAUGAGCACAAGAGAGGUGAAGGGUCUGGUGGCGGGAGCACGAUGGAAUCUUGUUUGGUGGUGUUUUGCUUUUCCUCGUGCUUCACUGGUGUCCUCCCUCGUUUGAUAAUGAAAAUGGCAUGGAUGCAUGUACCACGGCGGAGAAGAUUUUGAUCGAGAGAGAGCGAGGGCGGACGGAGUGAGGGAGAGAAUAAUAGAAGACUCGUGUGCAGGCUUGCCGCCCCGAUCCGGCGGAGCGUAGCUUGCUGUUACCUCGAAAGGUGUCUUCGUGCCCUUUUUCUUCGCCCAUGAACUGGCGUCGUCGUCGUCGUGAUCGUGUACGCAAAAGGUGUGCGGUGUUGUAUUUGGGGGGGCAGGGGCGGGGUAGGGUUUUUUCCCGUUAGUCUUCUUGACGGUAUAACUCAUCACGAUUAGUGUUGUCUCGGAUUGUGCUCCUUUGUUUCAACACACGGUUCGGUUCGUUUUUUGCGCCUGCGGGGUAGGUGGACGGGAAAUAUGAUUUCCGCUGUCAUGUUGUACGUGGCAUUUUGGCAGUGAUUGGUUGUGUCGGUGAAGUUAUCUCUGCACGGCGGUGUUUGUUGGAGCACACGUGGUCGUGCCGCAUUGGUGUGGCGGCGCGUACUUGACAUGACCUCUGGAUGACGAGUUGUACGCAUGUGUAUGGUGGCUGGCUUCGGUGAGCAUGUCUCUGCCUUCUUUUUUUUUCGGCUUUUGUAUGUCAUGGGUGCUCGAGCCGUAAAGGUGCAGGAGGGACAGUUCCCAUUGGCCUACGCUUGCUGUUGGGCCGUAGAUUCUCAUGAACGCCCCCCCCUCCCCCCACCUUUUCGCACGCAAGCGAGGGAACCAUAUAUUGGUUUUUUCGUACCAUUGGUCCCCCUCUCCGAUGCACCUUCGCCGUCUUGCCCUCCCCGGCAGUCCGGGGGGCGACUUGGUGUUAUUUAGCUAUAUAGCCUCCGUUGUGUAGUUAUUAUCGUUGUCAUUUGGAUGGAAGCGUCGGAGAGGUUCGUGUAGUCGUUUUAGGAGUUAUCUUGUGUGCGAUCGGGAUAGUUGGUGAUGCAUGGUGGCAAAGGAACAUAGGGUCUGCCUUUUUGCCUGCCGUAUUUUGUGUGUUCGUACCGGGGGAACGUUCGAGGCCUACCCGAGCCAAAAUGUAAAAAGUAUACCCAAAACAGCAGCAACGGCAGUGGCGGGAUGUCUUCUUUUGUGGGCGGGUUUGGAACGGUAAAACCAGGCGUAGAAGCGAGAUGAAGUGCGGACCGGGAUUCCAAGGCCAUCGGCACAAGACGUUUGUCUUCCCCCCGUGCCGGGAAGACGUUUCGAUAUCCAGAUGUUUUGGAGCACCGCAAUGCUCGCCUUUUCUGUGAUGCCGUGCUUGGACUGAUGAUGGCCGCUCGCUCCCCGUGGAUCGUCACAGGAAUUGUGGGGGGUGCAGCCCCGGGUGGGUAGGAGUCAGGGUCCGGGGGUCCCGUGCUUGCACACGUGUGUGAGGUUGUAACGGUUAUUGUUGGGGAUGGUGUGGUUGUGUGAGGAAAGUUUCUCGGCGCAGCGCCAAGCGGGAGGAGGGCGUACGCGCGGCAGAUCUGCUUAAUGCCGAGCAGCAUAAGCGUGAGGUACAUGCAUGCGCAGGAGUAUGGAAGGAAGCAAUUAGAUGAAGGAGAUAGCACGUGCUUGGUGUUCGUUCGUUCCUCGUGGUGCCCAGGCUAGCCAAGCUAGCCUAGCCUUACCCACCGUCGUGACCCGUGAUUCUGACUUUUCUCUUCAACCGUGGCAUGCAGCCCGACAGGCGCGGAAGGAAGCACGUGUGUAUACACGGCUUCAAAAUUGUACCGGGCGGGGUCCACACGCACGCCCUGUAUUUGUUGAUGUGGGUAUGUUGUUAUCUUUCGCUGCAGAUAGAGAACAAAAUGUUGGCCUCGUCCUGUUGUUCUUUUUUUUUCACGCCAACUUUAUUUGUGGAUGUGGGUAGUUUUCGCUUUGUUGUAUUUCUCCUUUUUCGCCUAGAGAAUAAUGUCGUUUAUUAGUGUGUUGGAGGAUAGCUUGGUUCUCUGUUUUUGUUUUUUUUUUCCUCUGUUUUCUCGUGGUCGCGGCUUUCCAGUGGGGGCUGGCCAGUGCUGGUUUCUCUGGCGGGGACAACACCAACGUGCGUUGUUCAGCACCCCUCUUCCGUUGAUCCGCUGCGGAAGAUCCGUUGGGAGAACGUGUCCGUUGGAGCACAUCCAUUUGCUGGUUUGUGUCGUGUACCAGCAGCAGGGACUUUUUUUGGCUGACCUGUUGUUUGUUGAAGAUGCUGAUUGUCGGACAAGGGUAGAUGCGCGCCCGUUUGGAGGUUGUGUGUAAGAGGGGGGUGUCGCGUACUCUUCUUCCCUCGUGGUCCUGUCGGCUCGGUACCAGGCUGUUCCCCCCGCAAGGCCGCAGCGGUGGACGGGGUGGUGUUUUAGGGAUGGGCCCGUACAUCGUGUACGCGCCAUAAUCUCUCUCUUACCUGCCCGUCCGUUUCUGCGUGCUUGACUGGGCUGCUGCUGGUGGUUGUGUUUUUUUGGUAGAAUCAUAACAUAACCGGAGUGGGUGGUUGUAGCUUUUCAGUGUUUUGGCACACGCAAAUCAUACGAAAAAUUAGUCGCGUCGGUAUUCUACCCCCGUGUGAUUUUUUGGUGUGACAUCAGUUAGCGGGCUGUUCGGCGAAUCGGUCACGGCCAGAGCCUUGAUUUGAGGGGUUCUUGUUGUGUUCGUCGCGACAAGUGUUGUGCUGUUGUCGGUUGGUUGGUAUCGUUUUUAUUGUGUUUUUCCGUCUUCUUGUACGACGAAAACAACGGAUCGGCCUCUUCUGUAUUCGACAUGCGCGGCAUAUCGUACGGUCCUCCUCUCUGUCCGAACACAACGAGGAACCCGCGUCGUGUGCAAACGCUUGUUUUGUACGUAUUUCUUUUGCAUGACGGGGGCCCGCCACUCUACUCGCCCCAGACCUCGAGGGCCCCUCUAGUUCUUCUCCUGUAUGUAGAGGUUAUAAUUGUGCACGGUCUUCGGCUCGUGUCCAUUGUUUGGCCGCUACGGAGGACUAGAGGGGAGAGCCGUUGGCGGGUCACACAGGCAAAGUACAUACUACGACGCGAAUCGUACCUCUGUCCCGAGCGGCUGAACCGGUGUGCGAAUGUAGAUUCUACAUGGCUCGAUGGCGGGUUGUUGCGUGAACAUGAAAGAAAAGCAACUCUGUUGCUGGGCACAGAGAUAAGGGGGGUUGGGAGGGAGUGGUGAUCGAUUUUGCGUUGUGAGAUAUAUGUGUAAAAGUCUCCCCUUUCCUUGGUAUGGUAGUUUUCUUGAUGUUGUUCCUUCUUCUCGUCGCUCUUCGCAAAUAGGCUACUAUAUCUUGUUGUUGCAUGGGUUGGAGUUGCAAAAGAGAACGGGAGGGAGAGGGGUGAGUGAGGUUUACUGUCCUGCUGCGGCUUUUUGUGUUUCUUGUUUUCACGGAAUCAAGUGUUGCCGGAACUCGCCCAUCGACGCGUAAGACUCCUCGCACGAUGUCGGGAAGCUGUUUUUCAUCGAUGAGGGUGUGCAGGUGUCUGGCACCUCCCGAGAUUUAAGAAAAAGGGAAAUGGACAAAAGU